UUUUCUAUAAUCUAUAAAUAUCUUCAUCUUCUUCCUCCCUCACUUUGUUCUUCCUUCGUCUUGCUUUCAUUUCUCUCUCUCUCGAAGAGUCAAAAUUAGGGUUUGGUUUGCUGCAGUAUCUUCUCUCUCUUUCUCCAGAGUGUAAAAGGUUGUGUGUGGAGCUUUUCAGAUCACAGAGACAAAAAAAAAGAUGGAGGUAUUUGGAAAAUCUCCCAUGGUUACAUCUGCCAAUGUUAUUUACUUGUCUGCAAUUCUGGGUCGCGAUUGCGAUGGACCCAAUCAGGGUCACAAAUGUGACUGGAAAUGUGAGAAUGAGAUUGUUUGUGGGAAUAUGUACCGCUGCAAACUAACUGGCCUGACUCAUGUCUGCGACAAGAACUGUAACCAGAGGAUUCUCUAUGAUAACCAUAGCUCUCUCUGCCGUGCUAGCGGCCGGAUUUUCCCUCUCUCGUCGGUUGAGGAGCAGGCUGUGAGAGGUGUCCGGAGGAAGCUCGACACUGAGAGUCAUCCUUCUGAGAGCUGUUCGUUUAAGCGUCGUCGUCGUGAUGCUCAGUUCCAUGCUUCUCCUUUCGAGAGGUCUUUCUCUGCUGUGAGCCCCAUCUGUAGCCCAGCUGGAGACGGGAUGGAGUUGAGUUAGAUCCGUGUUGUUCUUCUUCAAAUUUCCUGAGACUGAGAGGCUCUUUAUCUUAAGUAGAAUAACUUCCCUUUCUCUUUCUUUUGAAACAACUAUGGAUAAGAGAGACUUUGUGCUAUUGCUCCAGCAGGGGGGUUCUAGGCAUCCUCCCUGCCUUAAAAGAGAGCUUUAUCUUAGUAUUGUUGAAUGUUGAACUCUAUGUAGUACUUAUGUAGGAGAGACUUUAUAAUUCUAAUGCUUUAUUAUGGAUCUUAUUGCUGUCGUAUUUAGGUGUAAUAGAAUAUCAAACUUGCUUCUUCUUCGUGGUGAUGUUUGAUAUACAUUCUUGUGCAUCUUUAGUAUUUGCUUGUGAUUGAAUACGUUAUUUAGACAGGCUUUUAUUCAGCUAUGUAUAUUGUUUUGGUUACUAUGGAUGUUUAGCGUCCUAUCAUUACGCAGAGCCUGACACACCAUGGGUGAUUUCUGUAAGUGUGGUGCUACAGGGUUUUACACAUUGCUAACUAAUUCCUGAAUAUACAGGAUAUUUUAUGGUUUGUUAUCCUGCGGAAAUGUCUUUGAUUCUUUCUGAUCGAAACCUAAUUCUAACAGAUUAUGUGUUCUAUUUAACUUUCCUUGAUUGAUGUAUUUGGGGGUUCUGAAGAUGUUUUCUGUUUGUGCAGGUUUCAAAUGUUGCAAAAUCAGGAGUGUUUAAUUGUGU